AUGCCUUCAUUUGCCUCCCGAAGAUAUGAAGAAGCUGGGAAAAUGGUAGAGGGAAACCAAUUUGUUGUGAGAAAGUUGAUUUCUGUGGCUAAUCCAUCUGUGAUGCUGAGAAUGCUAACAAGGAGGAUGCCAAUUGGCAGGAGAAAAUUGUUGACCAUUUUGAAGGAAUUAUUGAAGCAACAACAAUUCUGGACUGAACAUACCCCAAGGCUCUCUCCUCUCCCGGGAUUGGGUAGCCCUGGACUUGAGGAAAGCUGUACUGUCCUUCCAAUUCUUCUGAAUAUCAUCACUAUAUCUUGCUCAGAAGAAGAACAAGAGUUUACUGCUCUUGAUCUCCAAAUGUCUAGGGUAGAGGCUAUCCAUGUAGUCUGUUAUGGGUUACCAUCUUUGCAUAGGUUGGUUGAUACUGCAGUCAAAACAUCCCGCAGUGGAUAUCUGCAAAGAUGCCUGAUAAAAAAUCUUGAGUGCCUGAAAGUUUGUUACGAUUAUACUGUUCGUGAUGCAGAUGGUUCCAUAAUUCAAUUUCAUUAUGGAGAAGAUGGUGUUGAUGUUCAUCAGACAAGCUUUCUUAACAAAUUUGAAUCGCUGGCAGCAAAUCGUGAAGUGAUUGACCAAAAAUUUUAUCAUCAGCUUGAUUUCAACACUUAUAUUGAAGAGUUGCCUGAUGAACUUCUAAAUAAAGUGAAAAAAUACACUAAAAAGUUGGAGGGAAAGCAAAUUUAUUUAGAACAAGAGCAGCAAGAGGACUUAUUGAAGUUGAUGAAACAAAAAUACCUCUUGAGUCUUGCACAGUCAGGAGAACCAGUUGGUGUAAUUGCUGCUCAAUCUGUUGGUGAACCAUCAACGCAAAUGACGCUAAACACUUUCCAUCUUGCUGGGCGCGGGGAUGUGAAUGUUACACUUGGCAUUCCACGUUUGCAGGAAAUUUUGAUGACUGCUUCAAAUGAUAACAAGACUCCUAUUAUGACAUGCCCCUUGCUAAAGGGGAGGACGAAGAAGGGAUCACAGUCCGCAGCAAUUGAUGAACUGAGCCUGUGCCAACCUGCUGCUAAUAAUGGAAGCUCCCUGCUAAACACUUUCCAUCUUGCUGGGCGCGGGGAUGUGAAUGUUACACUUGGCAUUCCACGUUUGCAGGAAAUUUUGAUGACUGCUUCAAAUGAUAACAAGACUCCUAUUAUGACAUGCCCCUUGCUAAAGGGGAGGACGAAGGAUGAUGCCAGGGAACUUGUAGCGAAAGUGAAGAAGGUGACUGUUGCAGACAUAAUUGAGACUGUGGAAGUACGUGUUUUGCCAUUUUCCAUUGAGAAUAACCAAACCUCCAGUAUAUAUAAGCUUACUGUGAAGUUCAAAGAACAUGACCUUGUGUCUAUAAAGGACUGCAAGAGAACCCUUAAAGUUGUGUUCUUAAGAGAGUUGGAGGAUGCAAUUGAGAGUCAUCUGAUUUUACUCUCCAAAAUCAGGGACAUUAAAAAUUUCAUGCCUAGUUCACAAUCAAAGGCUUCCGAUGAAACAGGGGAGGAUGCUUCUGGCAGCAGAUCACAGGGUGGGAAUGAAAAUGAUGAUGUUGAUGAUGAUGAUGAUGAUGAUGAAAGGGCUGAGGAUCUUGGUUCAGAUUCACUGAAAAGAAAACAGCAAGCCAUGGAUGAGAUGGAUUAUGAUGAUGGUUCUGAAGAUGAACUCAAUGAAGAGGAGCCAUUGGCUGAACCUCUGAAAGGAAUUGAUCAUGGUGAGGAUGAAGUUGAAAUUAGGGAGGAUGGUGAAAUUGAGGACUUUGAUGGUAAAGGUGAAGCUUACGAAAUGCCAUAUGAGCACGGUGAAGCUAUCUCAGAGCUUGAAUCAGGUGACAGAAAAGACAAAAAGAAAGCCAAAAGAAAGCAAAAGGUCAGGGAAAAAUUUGUUGGAAAAGAAUCUGACAGGGCAAUCUUUGUGUCGGCAAGAGGAUUGCACUUUGAGGUCCAUUUCAGGUUUAAUAAUGAACCUCAUAUUUUGCUGGCUCAGGUACUCAUGAAUUCCAUAGUUUGCCUUUCAUUUUACUAUGGGCAUCACCAUCAUUUCUUCAACAGAUUAGAGUUUUUCAUUUUCUUUUAACAGAGAUAUGUUGGGGUUGGUCUGGGGUGUGGGUUGCUCUGUGUUUUUGUACUCGUUUGUUUAGCUGGCUAUAUGCUUCCAUUUUCUUAUUAAACAGGUUGCCUGCCUGUCAAGUUUUAUGAAGCUAUGUUUCUUCCAGUUAUAUUGAACUAUCUGUUGGCUAUUGAUGAUNUA